AUGAAUUUUAAUAUCAGUAUCAGAAGUCCAUUUAUUGAAGAAUUUAUUAGUACAUUAAAUAAGACAGAUACAAUUUAUGAUCAUUUUGAUUAUGAAUAAAUUCAAAUAAUUUCUAACAAUAAGUAUUCACUUUUAAUAGUUACAACUAAUUUUAUUGGAUCUAUAGAACAAAGAAUAGAAAUGGCUUAAUAAUUAGUCAAUCAUUAAAAGAUGAUUAAUCAAAGAUUAAGAAAUCUGGGUUUAAAUGGAAUUUUAGUUGAUAUAUUUGAAUAUGAGAUUAUAAAAAAUGAUGAUGCAGUAAUUAUAAUCUGUAAAACAAUGAGAUUGUCUUAAUAAAAAGGGUAAAUAAAUUUAGGAUUAGCAAAUUGUAUAGAAUUUUACACAGGAUUAGAAUUAAAGGGAGUGAGAUAAUAAAUAAUUAUGCAAAUUGAAGAUUUAGGUAUGAAUAAAAUUAUUCCCUUCACAUUUUUAGAAGGUAUAAUAAAUGAAGAUAAUUAUGAAUUAAUAGCAAAUUUACCAUAAGUUCAAUAGAGUGAUUUAUUAAAUCAAAAUGGAAAUAGUAAUCACUUUUCUAACUAAUCAGCAAUAGUAAUAAUAUAUAAUGAUCAACUGGUUUAAUUCAAAUAAUUAAAUGAAAUGAAAGAUAUUCAUAUAUUAAAGUAUUUAGAAUUGACUUCUGGAGUUAAAAUAAGUGAUGUAUUAAAGAAAAGCAGUAAAAAAAUAGUGAAUGAUAAAUUGCAUUAUUUAAAUUAAGAGGAUGAGUUAAUAGCUAUAGGUGAUGUUGGAGAGAAAGGAAAUAUUUAAUUAAGUAUAAAAAUAAAAAACAAUAAUUAUACAUUGACAGCAGAGUGGAAUAACAUGAAAGAAUUGAUUGUAAUUUAUUUAUCAUUAAGGAGAAUCAAAGAAUAGAUGGAUAGUCCUUUGAGCAACUUCCGAAUAAUUUGUUUACUCCUAUAGAUAAUGAUAUCUUGAGUUAUUUUAAUCAUUUUGAGUUUGACUAAAGAGGGUAUUCAUUAAUAAUUAUGUCUUAGUUCUUUAAUUUUUUUAAAUUGUUCCCUAAAAGGUGAUGUGAAAAACAAAGUUAUAAUUAUAAACAAAUAGAUAAAAAGAUAGAUUUGGUUCAUAGCAUUAAAAACUCUGCUUACAAUUUUAUAAGUCAAUAUAUAAAAUGCUAUUUAUUAAGAUUAAAAACUUCAUCUAAGAACUUUAUGUAAGUUAAAUCAAAAAAUUCCAAUAUUGUAAGUUGAAAUUUAAGCUGAUCUUAAAGAAGAGGAUUUUAAUUUAAUUUUAGAUUAAUGCAAUUUAAAUCCUAAUUUAGAAUCAUUAGUAAUUGAUGGUUCUAAUUUUAAAGAUUCAAUUUUAUCUGGUCUUAUCUAAGGAAAUAUUUUAAAAAGCAUUAAAGAAUUAAGUUUCAAAGGAUGUCAGAAUAUCACUGAUGAAGGUAUUUCUCUUUUAUAAAAUUUUGGAGUAUAAAAAUUAGAUAUAUCCCAUACUUAAAUCCAUUUAACAUUACCUUAACAUUUAUAAAUUUUGAAUAUUGCAUAUAGCAAAUUCAAAGAAGAAACAUUGCUUUAAUUAUUUAGAGAUAAAUCUUUAGUGAAUUUGAUUUCAAUAAAUAUUAGUGGAUUAGCAUCUGAUAAACUUAUUUAGGUUAUUUUUAGUUGUCAUUAUAAAGAACUAAGAGUUUUAAUAGCUAAUGAAUGUAAAUUAUCCUUAUCUGUAUUUCAUUAUAUUCAUGAUUCAAAGCAUGUUAAAUAGUUGGAUCUGUUAAGUUUUUAAGGUUCCAUUACAGAUGUUGAAGAAAGUAUCUUUAAAAAAAAUGGAUAUGCUUUGUUAGGAGCAAGCAAAACUAAAUUAAGCAAAUUAGAUCUUAGUUAUUGUUUAAUAAAUGAUAAAUUAAUUUAAUCUAUGGUUGAAGCUGGAAAAUUGCUCAAAAAUCUAAGAGCACUUUCAUUAUCUGGAUGUAGAUAUAUAUCUGAUAAAUCAAUUUAUUUAUUAUGUGAUGCUCAUUAUACAUCAACUUCUCAAUUAAAAAGUUUAGAUAUAUCUAAUUUACCACAAAUAACUGAAUCUUCGUUAGAAUACUUAACAAACAAAACUUUGAAGAAUUUAUCAGAUUUGAACCUAGCUUAUUCAACUUAGAUUUAAUCUGAACAUUUGAAAAAGGCAUUUGAUACUGGAAAAUUUAACUAAUUAAAAUAUUUAGGUAUAAGUGGUACAACUGAUAGUGGAGGAUAAGCUGAUAUAUUUAAAUUUAAUAUACCAGAAUUAUGCACAUAUUAUAUCAGAAAUCACUUAUCUGAAAUUUAAUUAGUAGAAAUUUAUACAUCAACAAAAAAUAUUUAAAAUAUAUCUACAACUAUUUUGAAUUUGUUGUAAACUCAAAUUCUUACUAAAAUCAUAACACCAGAUUAAAUUAUUUUAGAACCAGAAACAUAUAAUUUAUUUAGAAACUGCAUUGGUUGUGAAAGAUUACUUUUAAAUAAUAAACCUCUUCAAUUAGAUAUUCAAGAUAAAAUUGAAUAAUAAAACUUACUUACUGCAAAUCAAUUUUAUGAAAGAUUGCUCAAACAAAAUCAGCAUGUAAUUAUCAAUAAUAAUGAAAUAAAAUUCAUUAAAUAGAUGUUUAAUUUUUAAACAAUUAAUAGAAUUUGCUUUAAAAAAACUGAAAUAAUAGAUAAAGAUAUUUAAGGCAUUUGUUAAAAUUUGAUUUUAACAGAAAUCAAUAUUAAGAAAUGUAAAAAACUAACAUUUAAGAGUUUGAUUUACUUAUAGAAACUUUCAAACUCAUUGAUUAAUUUAGAUUUUAGAGGAACAAUUUUUGAAAAUUUUUAUCAAACUUUAGAGCAUUUAUAAUAUUUUCCUUAGCUUUUGUAUCUGAAUGGAGGCAAACUCAAUAUAGAAAUGUAUAACUUUUAUUUGUAAAUUUAGUAUCAACGUAAAUGAAACAAAUCAUGUUAUUUAAGAACUACAGCACUUACCAUCUCUUUGGAUGUAAUUAGAAUAAAUAAAAUCAUUUAAAUUAACAAUAAGAGCUCAUUAUAUAUAAACAUUUAAAUUUAUCUUUAAAACAAUGUCUUUACUGCUUAAUAAAAAUUAAGACUUUAUAAAAUCAAUGUCUUUGUAACUAUAUCAAUUUAAAGUUAUAUAAGACAAAUCGCUUUAAUUAUUUCACAACAGUUUAUUAAAUUUAUAAUUUUUGUAGAAUUUUCAUCUUGGAUUUUAAAGGUAUAUAAACUUAGAAAUAAUAUUUUAGUAUGAAAAAUAUAUCACUUUUAACAUUAAAAAAUAUGUUUAUAAGUCUUUCUAGUUUAGAUUCUCUUAAAUCACUUUCGGUUAGCUUAGAUGAGUAAAAAUAAAUUUAAUAAUCUAGUUGCUAAGUAUAAUUUGUAGAUGAGGAUUUGUUUUUGGCAUCAACUGUAUUUGAAGGAAUUAGAAAUAUGAAAUUAAAGAGUUUUAGUUUUUCAUCCAAUGAUACUGUAACAUACGAUUAAUCAAUUUUUUCAAGUCUCUUUAAAUAUAUAUCAGAUAUUGAUACUUUAAAACAUAUUAAAUUAAGUUUUCAAAGGUAGAUAAUGUUAUAUAAAUAUUUAGACAUGCAAUAAACAGGGAAAGUUUAUCAGAAUUAUUUUAAGCAUUGAAGGAAUUAAAUUUAUAAAGUUUAAGUUUAAAUUUUGAAUAAAGUGGAGUUAAAUACACAAGAUAAAUUUGGGGAGAGUUAUUAGAGGUUUUAAGAAUGAAUUAUAGCUUAUUCGAUUUAGAACUUAAUUUUAAUCAUACAUUUGAGUUGACUGAUAUGGAUAUUCACAGUAUUAUUGAUGAACUCUAUUGUAUGAAAUUGACAACCACCUGUGUAUCUUUAAUAGGGUAAUUAAUAUACUAAAAAUAGUUGCUAUCAUAAUGAGAAGAGUAUUAAGGAAUUUGCAAAUGAAGAUGUUAAGAAUUAUUAAUUUUUUAUUUGAUUAAAAAUUA